AUGCAUAACGUCUCUUUCUCUUCUCCAAAUGGACCUAUUUAUAUUCUCAUCUCCGAUAACAACAAUAUCGUCAGUUUAUCAUCUUUCCUCAUGCAGUCGCUGAAAAAGAGGAAAACAAAGCAAACAAAAAUAGAAGUGACGCCUUUAGCCUGCAAAAGUAGAAAAGACGUUCUCAAGUCCCCAAUGAAUCUCACGACCCUUCAUCAAGCAACCAUGCAACAAGCUGUAAAAAACAUGGCUUAUUGCUUUGGUAUGACUAUUGUAGACAAGGUUCGUUACAUAUAA